AUGGCUACUACAUCAACAUUGAAUGGUGUUCCAUCUCUACCUAAUCCUAAUUUUGAAAUAUUCGAUGGCAAAGACUUUCCUAGAUGGCGUGGAAAGAUGGAAUUCUUUUUAAGACGAUUGAAGUUGGCAUAUGUUCUUGAACAACCUUGUCCUAAUGCUCCUGGUUCCGAGGUAGCAACUGACGAGACUACUUUGAUUAAAGAACAAAUUGCCAAGUGGAAAGAUGAUGAUUAUUUAUGUAAGAAUUAUAUUCUUGAAGGAAUGUCCAACAAAUUUUAUGAUCAAUAUUAUACCAAGUGCAAAUUUUCUAAGGAUAUUUGGGACGCUCUCCAAAAUAUCUAUUUGGCAGAAGAGGCGAGUUCAAAGAAAUUUCUUGUUUCAAACUAUAUGGAGUUCAAACUGGUUGAUGAUAAGUCAAUCACUGAACAAGUGCAAGAAUUCCAACUUAUAGCUAAUAAAAUUGCUAUCUCUGGAAUUGCUCUUGAUGAAAAUUUUCAUGUUGGUGCUAUUGUCUCGAAACUUCCUUCCUCUUGGAAAGAAUACAAAAGCAAACUCUUACACAAGAAGGAAGAUUUGACUCUUGAGCAAUUGUUGCAGCAUUUGCAAAUUGAACAAGAGACUCGAUAUCGUGAUAAUAAUAUUUUGAAGGAACCCGUCAUGAAAGCUCAUGUGGUUGAAGAAAAAUCAACCAAGAAGGAAUCUGUUAAUAAGAAAAUUCCGAAGGCAAAGAGAAGUACGAAUUUUAAGCGUACUAGUACCAAUUCUAAGUCGGUUGAAUGUUACCACUGUCACAAAUUUGAUCACUAUGCGCGUGAUUUUAAAAUUCUUAAAGCUGAAAAGAAGAAAGAAAAGGCAAAUAAUCAUGGAAAAGAUGAAUUUGUAGCAAUGGCUACCGAAGCAUUUGUAGUAGGAAAUCAAGUGGAAUGGUGGAUAGACACUGGCACAACUCGUCAUAUAUCAGGUGAUCGAAAUGCUUUCAAGACCUAUGAAUUAGUGGGGGACGAUAAAGUUUUGUAUAUGGAAAACUCGUCCUCUGCUAAGGUUGUGGGAAAAGGAACUGUUGAAUUGAAGUUUACUUCCGGAAAGAUAGUCACGCUGAUGGACGUAUUGCAUGUUCCUGAAAUUCGGAAGAACUUGGUGUCAGCUCUGCCCAUAGAUCCUGCAGUUGCAAUAUUGAAGAUGUUAACUAUAAGCUGUAAUGCAGAUCUAGCCCUUAAAAUAUGA